AUGCAAAUUACCGAAAUUCAGAAGGCCCAGUCGUACACGACCAACUUCGAGCCGGCCCUGUUCGAUGCGACGAUCCGGGCUGUCAAGGCUGCCCUGAUCCGCGCGGGACCGAACAAUGUCAGCGAGUUGAUCUUCCGGAGCGCGAAGCGCGACGGCGUCUUCUCGUUUGAGGUGGAGAUGAUCCCGUAUGAGAUGCCGAUCGAUAGGACCCAGGAGACGCCGCCAGUCUCGCCGAAACUCGUGCUCAAGGAGGUAUUGAAGGAGGAGGAGAAAAAGAUUGAGAAGGUGGCCGAAGAGAAGAUCGAAGAAAAGGAAGAGGUCAUCAAGCAGAAGGAGGAGGAGAAGGUGGAGGCGGUGAAGAAAAUCGAGGAGAAGCCGAAAAGCCCGGUGAAGGAGGCGAUCGUCAAGAAUGUCGCUGAGGAGACCGUCCAGAAGUCGAUCGUCCAGGAGAAGAUCAUCGACAAGAAGCAGACCCCGCCAGCAUCACCGAAAAGCCCAGCGAAGGAGGCCAUUGUCGAGAAGACCGAGCAGAAGGCCGUCGAAAAAGUGGUUGAGAAAACCUCCGAGAAAUCGAUCGUCCAGGAGAAGACCACCGACAAGAAGCAGACCCCACCCGCUUCCCCGAAGAGCCCAGUGAAGGAGAAGAUCGUCGAGAACACGACCGAAAAAGUGGUCGAAAAAAUCGCAGAGAAAGUCGUCGAAAAGAAGUUGGCUUCACCGAUUCAGAAAAGCCCGAAAAAGGAGCAGAUUGAGGCGAAACCCAGGGCCAAGUCGCCGGUCGUCGAGCCAAAGGCCAAGUCGAUGGGCACGCAAACGGAAGCCCCGUACGCCGAGGGACGCCUCUUCACCAAGUCGAUCGUCUACCGCAUCAGCAGCAAGCAGGGCAAGCACUGCUGGGAGCGCGGCGUGCAGACGGGCGUCAUC